CAUUCAAUAAAACAAUAUGGAUGUAGAUAAUAAUUCCAAUAUUAGGAACAAGGAAUCAUGUGUAGAAGAAGUAAGAUACAGAGGAGUGAGAAAGAGGCCAUGGGGAAAGUACGCGGCGGAAAUAAGAGAUACUAAUAAAAAUGGAGUGAGGGUAUGGCUAGGAACUUAUGCUACUGCGGAGGAAGCUGCAAGAGCUUAUGAUAAAGCUGCGUUUGAAAUGAGAGGACGUUUUGCAGUUCUUAAUUUUCCUCAUGAGUAUCCGUCUUUCUCUUCUGAUCAACAACCUUCUUUGUCUUCGUCUUCUUCUUCAUCUUCAUCAAUGUCUUAUUCCUCAGUUCACAAUGGGAAUGAAGUGAAAGAAGUGAUUGAAUUUGAGUACUUAGAUGAUAAGUUAUUGGAGGACCUUCUUGGUUUUACAUCUGACAAAUCCCACUAUAAGUAGCUAGCUAUGAACGUCUAAGUAUUAAUUAGACCUGUUUUUGAGUUAUUUAGCUUUUGCAUAUGCAUGUUUAAGGAGAUUGUUAA